CGCGGACAUCUUUUAAAUACAUCACGGGAUAUAUGUUGGUCAUUAUUUUCCUGCAAGACUCUAAAUAAUCUAGUUUUAGUUCCAUUAUGACUCUCUCUUUACGCUGCUCUGUUGUGAUUGAAGAGUUAGCUUCUGACAAGUGUACCGUAAAACGUCGCACAGCACUUCGUGAAUCGCAAAUUUCAGCAGUUAGAGAUGAAUUACAGCAAAUUCUCAUACGUAUCACUCCUAUGAACAAUUCAGGCUGCAAAAAGAUGGUGAAGAAAAGCAUGGGUUAUCCAGUCAUUGAAUUAGAUCUUUACAAAAACUUUUUAUCACAAGGCAAAGCCACUAUAUGUUUACCGGUUCAUUCUGUAAGAAUAAUGAUUAGUAACUGUCCACCAGAUAAACUUCGUUUUUUCCUCGCGACUCUUCGUACCAAAUUAAAGACACAAAAGACUCACGUUUUGAAAAGACCAGUACCACCGGAUGCUCCUCCUACAUCUAUUUCACUUCUAGAAGAAUUAAGUCCACUACCCCUUCCAAAGAAAAUCAACUCUCACCCAAAAGUCAUAGAACCAUUUUCUUGUGACAUGUCUGUCAUAAACUUUCAAGAUGAAGUUUCAAAUACCUGUUCACCAAGAUGUGGAUCCUUACACCCGACUCCUCUUGUUUCCACUCCCGUACGAAAGGUCGCAGCAAAAAGUCGUGGAGACACUAAUCGGUCAUUUGGUCAUAUCUUUGACUCACGGGAAUCUGAUAUUUCAAGUCAAAAAGGUCACGACGAACAAAUGACAGUCAUAAAUUUCGUAAAGCAAGGGUGCAAUGUUUUCUGUACUGGUGGCGCUGGGACAGGAAAAUCUCAUCUUAUUCGUCGUGUAGUUGGUCUACUUCCACCGGAGCAUACUGCUGUAACAGCUAGUACAGGGUCAGCUGCUAAUAUUAUUGGUGGAUUGACAGUACACGCGUUUUCUGGAUUAGGAGGUUUACUUGAGUCAGAUCUAAAAAUGGAUAAAGAUAACAUUUUGGUUUGGAUGGAGAUUUUGCGUACUCGUUUAAAAUUCCGUCCAGAUAUAGUAACUCGCUGGCAAAAACUGCAAUAUCUUGUCAUUGAUGAAAUUAGCAUGUUAAGUAGCAGACUGUUUACACGUUUAGAACUUAUAGCCACUGAGUGUCGCCGUUCAAUGAACAAAAUUUCUGAACAAAAAGCUUUCGGUGGCAUCCAGUUGGUUAUCUUCGGCGACUUUUUUCAACUUCCACCUGUUGUUCAUCCAUCUGAGUCUCAUAAUAAAUUUGCAUUCCAAUCAUCUUCUUGGGCUAAAUGUCGUUUUCGAGUUAUUGAACUUACUCACUCUUGGCGACAGUCCAAUGAUCCGAAGUUGGCUCAUUUACUAUCAGUAAUUCGUGAAGGUCAGUGUCCACAGUGGGCUGUGGAAAGAUUGCGAUCUCGUUUGGUUUCUGAACUGGUUAACGAUCAAAAUAAACCCAAAAUUAUAGCAACACGUUUAUGUACUCAUCGCGCAGACGCUGAUGCCUGGAAUCAACGCAAGUUAAGUGAACUGCCAGGUCGGUUAAAUAAUUUUCAUUGGAUCGUAUAAUUUCAGAAUUUUAUAUAGUUGUUAUUACUUUGUAGCUAGUACGCAAGCCAAAACGCAUGCAACACAAAAGAAUAAUAUCAUUACUCUUUGGUGAACCCUGUUUUUUGAUGGAAUGUAGUGUAAAUAUUGUUAUUGGACUACUCCCACUGACACUGGAAUUUAUCUUUUGAUUCAGUUUGUAGUAAGUAAUCGUGCAAGAAAAACGUUAGCAGAUUUUCCAGCUUUGACAUAAAUUAUGUGUCUGUCUAUUUUACUUAUUAGUUAUUUAAACAAUAUCUAAAGAAAUUUAACCAUUCAUACAUAGAUUGGCUCCUAGGUCAAUCCAUAAGCGCUAUGCAAAUUCAACCAUUCACUCCUCCCUGCUCAUAGUCUGGUCAGUUGACUAGUGUGUCUGAGAUAUAAUAUUCCCAACCACUACGUAUUUCGGAUUUUUUGCUUCCAUACUGUUAAUAAUUCUUGGUGGUGUUUUAAUCAUCGAUUUACUCGAAAUAAGUACACAACCUCCAACAAAAUGAGGCUAAUAAAACGUAUUUUCGCAUCCACUACGAACACCCCUCUACCCACUUUGUUUCAAGACUGACAUUAAAACGAAUGUGGUUUCUUUUUAUCCGCAACUUUUAGUUUUUUUCGGUAUGACUAUAAAUAUUAAAAAAGUGAUUGGUUGAAGUGUUAUUAAAUUAUAAGCUCGAUAUGCCAGUGGUCGACUCCAUGAGUCGAUCUAAGCUAAACUACCAAUGAAAACCUGGGAGCACUGGACAGCUGUUUCGUCCUAGUAUAGUACUCCUCAGGUGAAGACGGCUAUCCACUCCAGACAAUGAAUGAGUGGUUGCUCAUUUAUUCAUGGAUCAAUUGAAGUUAGACGUUAACACCGUUGGAUGCCGGCUCAAUGGUCUGGAAGUUAAGUGUUCGCACGCGAAACCGUAGGCCCUGGGCUGGAGUCUCACGUGCGGGAUCGUGGAUGCGCGCUGCUGAGGAGUUCCGUAAUAGCACAAAACGGCUGUUCAGUGCCUUUGGGUUUUCAGUGGUUGUCUAGCUUAGAUCGACUGAACUGUUAAAAUUACUACAAUCUCCACAAACCCCUAUCCUGGUAAUAUGCUCAAUAUUUCAAGGUGCACACUUUUUUAGCCUAAAUAUACAAAGAUAGCAUGCUGGGAAAAAAAUCUCUGGGCGCAAUCACAUUCGACCGUGAAUCUAGACUAUUGAUACAGUGAUUAUUGUAAUCACUGCACAAAUUAUUGACUUGUAUAUCUGUCUUAAACUAAUAAUGGAUGAUACUUUUUUUGAUUAUUAAUAUUACUGAACGACAGGUUUAAGGAUUGCAAAGGAGAAAGAUGUGCAAAAAUGUAUAUUAGUGGGGCUCGAUGUGAAUGAUACGUUUAAACCCUAGUUGUUUUAAUGUUAUUCCUGUUUUGAACAGCUUGCUAGCAUUAAAUGCUCAAAGCCUAAUCUACACUAACCUUUUAUUAAGUUACAGCAGUUCGAACUAAUUAGGGCUUUGAGACUCGUUUUCAGUUUUAAUUUAAAACUUUGGAAGAUAUAUCGACUAAGAGUUUUUGCGUUGAACGUAAGGUGUUAUUGCUAACAAAACAAAAUAUAUGGAAAUAGGAAUUAACAUUAAAUUCUAUUCAUCAGUUUUACGAAUUAGUUAAAUUUGAAUAAACUGAACAUAAAAUAUGUUAAAUAGAAAAACAACAAAAACAGACAGUUAUUGGAUAAAUUCAGAAGUAGAUCUUGUUCGAUAGAAAAACAAUGUGGUAAAAUUCAAAGAAUUGUUAGAGAACACCUUUUAAUGUUGACAUUAUGCAUUUGAGAAUCCGGACUCCAGAAAUUCCAAUAUAUGCACAUUAAAUGUAUUCUAAACCAAAAGUACUUUCUAAUACACUCCAGAGGUUUUACCUAGCUGAUGUAAAUGAAUAUAUUUUUAUAUGUUAUAUCAAAUCAGUUAGUGUUAGUAUAACGUUAAUCGUCACAGUUUUCAUGAAAUCUAUUUACGAAUUUUCUUAUUUUCCUGUUCACUCAUUCAAAUAGGUUCAUUUAAAGUUUAUCGAUCUCAAGACAGGGGAGUUGGGAAAGGUAUUUCAACCACAAUAGAUUCAUCUUGCCCAGCUCCUUCUGUACUGAAUUUAAAAGUUGGUGCUCAAGUAAGAACAUGUUUAUUUAUCGCAGUUUAUUUCAUUCUGUAUUAUGUUGUGCAUACCAUUUAGAAAGUUUUGAAUCAGUGAUAUAUGCGCACACGUAAAAAUAUGCGUCAGGGUUGAAUACAAAUUUUCAUUCUUAUGAACAUUAUGUCGUUAAGUGAAUUCUACAAACGCUCAAAGUUUGACACUUUUAAACUUGCUUUACAUCCCUCACACUUUUAACAACCAAAAAGCAGUAAAAGUACAAUUCAGAAUUAGAUCUAAAUUUAUACUUGUUAUAUUGUUGAAAAUUGCAUGAAUCGGUUUAUUCUUUUAACAGCAUGUUGUAAAUAUAAAACUUUAGGUAAUGCUACUAAGAAACUUGGAUACCAGCCGUGGACUUGUCAACGGAGCACGAGGCGUAAUAGAGAAGAUAAACAACGAUAAUGGUCUUCCUGAAGUUAGAUUUUAUUCUGCAAAAGCGAAUGGAACUAAUGGUAUCUUACAUGUCGUACAAAUGGAAAAGUGGACUAUUCGUGGGGUUGAUGCAGAAGAAAUCGCGAGUCGACGUCAAUUACCACUAACUCUGGCUUGGGCGAUAUCCAUCCAUAAAAGUCAGGGGAUAACAUUGGAAUAUGCGGAAUUAGCUCUGUCAAAGGUAUUUGAAUGUGGACAAGCCUAUGUAGCUCUUAGUCGGUGUCGUAAUUUAAAUGGCCUAUACUUACUCGAUUGGCGCCCUGAAGUGAUUCGUGCAGAUCCUAAUGUGAUAAAAUUUUAUGCCAAAAUUAGAGAGACCAAUAAUGAGAUUAAAAACAAGAUUAUAUGAUAAUAUUUUUACAAUUUUCUUUAUACAUUUUUUCAAAAAGAAACUAUCCUCAUAAAUCGACGCAUUUUAAUUAUUUUUAUGUGAAUGAAAUGAAUAUUUACAAAUGAAUAAAUUUUAGAUAAAGUUAUUCGAAUCUUAUCUAAUUUCGAUAACUAAACUGAUUACAGUAUAUAAUAAUGAGCGUCGACUUAUUCAUCACUGGACACAAAAAAUAUUUACUGGGAAAUAUUUACAUGGGAAAUAUGAUAACGAAUAUGACUAAUAUAUUCAGAAUGAUGACUCUUGAAUGAUCUGAGAAUCACUACUUUAAGAUCAAUUGGUCGAUAUUUCUUAACUUUCAUCAGUAAACGAGCGGUUUCUCUUUCAAAUAUUUUACUAAUUAUGUUUUUACUUACGCCUGUUACAUAGAGAAGCAUAGGCUACCGACUACCUUUCUCUAUCCAACUCUAUCUUGGGCAGUCCAUUCCAGUUGCUAUUGAUCUUUUCACGUCUGCUUCCAGUUCUCGACGCAGUGUGUUCUUUGGUUCGUAGUGUCGCGAUUUGUUCUGUGAACGACCGAUCCUUACGGAAUCCGGCUCGUUGAUCUCGAAGCUCGAUAUCUACUGAAUUUUUCAUCCCGUUCAACAACACUUUGUUGAAAACUUUUCCUGGUACCGAUAGUAGUGUAAUGCCCCUGUAGCUAUCACACUUGCUCAAAUCUCCUUUAUUUGAUAUCUUGAUAAGAUGCCCCUAAAUGCCCUGGUAUGGUCGAGAGUGGGGUGGGCCCCUACCUCCCUCUCGAAAUGCUCUCACACGGCCACGCGUAUACAGCCUCUGCCAGGGAAGUCCUACUCACUGCCUUCUCGCACUACAGGUGUUGUUUACGAAAAUGAGAGGACGAAAAGCGAAUGUCCGGCGCUUUAACCGGAUCCCAAACUAAUGGUGCACAUGGGUCCCAGUAUCCUGCGGGAAGAGAUGGCGUAUGAACCAAUUGUUGGUCACCUGCCACCAUGGGACUGCGUCUCCUUACGAUGCUCCACUGCCUUGUGGAUCAGACCUUCAGGUCGAAGGCUC